GCCAUUUGGAUUUGGGCUCUGUGUCUCCUGUAAAAAUCCUCAAAACAAAAAAAUCGUUUAACCAAGUGUUCGGCCACGUUCAGCUAAAGCAAACAGAAAAACCAAAAUAAAUCAACAAUUUGCGACUGUUGCAUGCGCGCAGCGCACACAGCAAUCGAUGUGCCACACAUUGCAUGUUUACAAACACAACGACAUUUGCUGCUGCUGUCGCUGUCGCUGUUGCUGUCGCUGCUGCUGCUGCUGCUGCUGCUGCGGCUGCUGCUUGUUUCGCCAAAACUUGCUGCCAAAAAGUCAAAGAGAAAAAUUAAAUACACACAAAUAACAACAACAACAACAGAAGAAAAGAAAAAAUCAAAUUCGUUCAACUAGAAAUUUAGUGCCAAUUCAAAGAGCGAGCCCAUCAUUUUACCUGGACAUUUGCUAUACUAUUCCACAAACAAGACAUAAAAGUGUGCGCUGCCUGGGCACGUCCGCCCGCCCGCUCGCCCGCCCAACCGUCCGUCCGUCCGCCCGUAUGUGGCGUUGGCGACCGACGUUGAGGGCCUGCUGUCGCUUAGGCAUUUAUCUAACGCUUUUCACAGACCAUUUGAAUCCUCAAGUGGUUUUGGCACGCUUCUGACCUCAUCACCAACAACAACAACAACAACAACAACAGUAAUAUUAAUAAUAAUUCCUUCAGCGCCAAAUAGAAAUACAUCGACUCAAGCUGCUUUUUGGAGGCGCACAGCCGCAGCGCUGUUAAAGGGAAGGUUAGGAGAGCGGCAGCGCGUUAUACAUAACCCAAUUGCAUGCUGAAGUUGGCAAAAGGACGCAGCCGAAGACGACAGGACGUUUAGCAUGGAUGUGGAAAGGCGGCGUCGAGCGACGGCGCUGGAGCGCGAGAUGCGGGAUCCGACCAGCAUCUGCAACGUGGACUGCCUGCUGGACACGGUAUCGGCGCUGGUCAGCGACUGCGAUCACGACUCGCUGAAGCGUCUCAAGAACAUUGAGCAAUAUGCCUAUAAAUAUAAACCGCUGGCGCAGCGGAUUAAUCAGCUGCGCAUGAAUGUGGAUGAUUUCGAGUUCAUCAAAUUGAUCGGAGCUGGUGCGUUUGGUGAGGUGCAGCUGGUGCGGCACAAGUCAUCCAGCCAGGUGUAUGCCAUGAAGCGUCUGUCCAAAUUCGAGAUGAUGAAGCGACCGGAUUCGGCCUUCUUCUGGGAGGAGCGUCACAUAAUGGCGCACGCGAAUUCCGAAUGGAUUGUUCAGCUGCAUUUCGCGUUCCAGGACAGCAAAUAUCUAUAUAUGGUAAUGGACUUUAUGCCAGGCGGCGAUAUCGUAUCCCUAAUGGGCGACUAUGAGAUACCAGAGAAAUGGGCCAUAUUCUAUACAAUGGAAGUGGUCCUCGCCCUGGACACCAUACACAACAUGGGCUUCGUUCAUCGCGACGUCAAGCCCGACAACAUGCUGUUGGACAGCUAUGGCCAUCUGAAGCUAGCCGAUUUUGGCACCUGCAUGCGCAUGGGCGCCAACGGCCAGGUGGUGUCCAGCAAUGCGGUCGGCACGCCCGACUAUAUCAGUCCCGAGGUGCUGCAAUCCCAGGGCGUUGACAACGAAUAUGGACGCGAAUGCGAUUGGUGGUCGGUUGGCAUCUUUCUCUACGAGAUGCUCUUCGGUGAGACGCCGUUCUAUGCGGAUUCGCUGGUGGGCACCUAUGGCAAGAUUAUGGAUCACAAGAACUCACUGAGCUUUCCCGCCGAGGUAGAGAUAAGCGAGCAUGCCAAGGCCCUGAUACGGGCCUUUCUCACCGAUCGCACACAGCGCCUGGGUCGGUAUGGCAUCGAGGACAUCAAGGCGCAUCCGUUCUUUCGCAACGACACCUGGUCGUUUGAUAAUAUCAGGGAGAGCGUGCCGCCGGUGGUGCCGGAGCUGACGUCCGAUGAUGAUACGCGCAAUUUUGAGGAUAUCGAACGGGACGAGAAGCCGGAGGAGAUGUUUCCGGUGCCCAAGAGUUUCGAUGGCAAUCACUUGCCCUUCAUUGGCUUCACCUAUACGGGCGAUUAUCAGCUGCUGUCCAGCGACACCGUCGACGCCGAGUCCAAGGAAUCACAGUCGGUCAACAGCAGCAGCAGCAGCAGCGCCAAUGCGAACAACAAUCAUGGACACAAUCAUCGCCAUCGCCCAUCCAAUUCCAAUGAGCUGAAGCGUUUCGAGGCGCUGCUCGAGCGUGAACGCGCCCGCUGCGAGGCGCUCGAGCAACAGGACACCCGGCUGCGGCAACAGAUCGAGGUGAUCAGCAAACGGGAAUCGGAACUGCAGCGCAUCGCCAGCGAAUACGAAAUGGAUCUGGCGCUGCGACAGCACAACUAUAAGGUUGCCAUGCAGAAGGUCGAGGUAGAGAUUGAGCUGCGCAAAAAGGCGGAGGCAUUGAUUGUGGAGACGCAACGUAAGCUGGAGAAUGAGCAGAAGACGCGCAUGCGUGACCUCAACAUAAAUGAGAAGGUGCUCUCGCUGGAGAAGCAGCUGCACGAGAUGGAGCUAAGCUUCAAAAGCGAAACGGAGAACACACAAAAGCUAAAGAAACAGAACGCCGAACUGGGCUUUACGCUGAAAACGCACGAGGAGAAGGUGCGCGACAUGGACGAAAUGAUUGAGACGCUGCAGAAGCACAAGGAGGAACUGGGCCAGGAGAAUGCCGAACUGCAGGCGCAGGUGGUGCAGGAGAAAACGCUGCGCUCCCAGCUCAAGGAGCUGCACAAAGAGGCCGAAAAUAAAAUGCAAACGCUGACAAAUGACCUCGAACGGACGCUGCUGCGCGAACAGAAGGCGCAGGAGGACAACCGGACGCUCCUCGAGAAGAUCAGCGAGCUGGAGAAGACGCAUGCCAGUCUCGAUUUCGAGCUAAAGGCCGCCCAGGGUCGCUACCAGCAGGAGGUGAAGGCCCACCAGGAGACGGAAAAGUCGCGUCUCGUCUCCCGCGAGGAGGCCAACCUGCAGGAGGUCAAGGCGCUGCAGUCCAAGCUCAACGAGGAGAAGUCCGCACGGAUCAAGGCCGAUCAGAACUCGCAGGAGAAGGAGCGCCAGCUGAGCAUGCUGUCCGUUGACUAUCGCCAGAUACAGUUGCGCCUCCAGAAACUGGAGGGCGAGUGCCGUCAGGAAUCGGAAAAGGUGGCCGCGCUGCAAUCGCAACUGGAUCAGGAGCACAGCAAACGCAAUUCGCUGCUGUCGGAGCUCAGUCUGCACAGCUCGGAGGUGGCGCAUUUGCGUUCGCGCGAAAAUCAACUGCAAAAGGAGCUGGCAACGCAACGGGAGGCGAAGCGACGCUUCGAGGAGGAUCUGACACAGCUGAAGGGCACACAUCACGAGGCAUUGGCCAAUAAUCGGGAGCUGCAGGCCCAGCUGGAGGCCGAACAGUGCUUCUCGCGCCUGUACAAGACGCAGGCGAACGAGAAUCGCGAGGAGAGCGCCGAGCGUUUGUCCAAGAUCGAGGAUCUCGAGGAGGAGCGCGUCUCGCUGAAGCAUCAGGUCCAGGUGGCUGUUGCGCGCGCCGAUUCCGAGGCGCUGGCACGUUCCAUAGCCGAGGAGACGGUCGCCGAUCUGGAAAAGGAGAAGACCAUCAAGGAGCUCGAACUGAAGGACUUCAUCAUGAAGCAUCGCAACGAGAUCAAUGCCAAGGAGGCCGCAUUGGCCAACCUCAAAGAAACCGAAGCGGAUCUGCACAAGAAACUCAAGCAGAAGGCCAGCGAAUGGGACGAGCUGCUGGUGCAGCACAAGAAACAGAUCGACGAGCUGCAGCAACAGCGCGCCGCCAAGGAUGAGGAGAUCGCCAAGCUGGGUGAAAAAUGCAAAAACGAGGUCCUACUCAAACAGGUCGCCGUUGCCAAGUUGGCCGAGGUCAUGAAUCGGCGCGACUCCGACUGGCCGAAGCAAAAGGUCAAGGCCCGCUCCACGGCCGAGCUGCGCAAAAAGGAGAAGGAGAUGCGUCGCCUGCAGCAGGAGCUGUCGCAGGAGCGCGAAAAGUACAACCAGAUGCUGCUUAAAUAUCAGGACCUGCAGCAGCAGGCCGUCGAGGAUCAGCAGGCCAAGCAGAAGAUGAGCAUGGAGAUCGAUUGCAAGGCCACCGAAAUUGAGCAUCUGCAGAGUAAACUCAACGAGACCGCCUCCCUCUCAUCUGCCGACAAUGAUCCCGAGGAUAGUCAGCACUCCUCUCUGCUCUCACUUACACAGGACUCGGUCUUCGAAGGCGUGCUCUCCGUUCCAAAUAAGCAAAAUCGCCGUCGCGGCCAAAACUGGAAGCGCCAAUAUGUGAUCGUUUCGUCCCGCAAAAUCAUCUUCUACAAUACGGAAUAUGACAAGAAUAAAACAACAGAUCCCGUGCUCAUACUCGAUCUGAGCAAAGUCUAUCACGUGCGCAGCGUUACCCAAGGCGAUGUCAUACGCGCCGAUGCCAAAGAGAUUCCGCGCAUCUUCCAGCUGCUGUACGCCGGCGAGGGCGCCUCCCAUCGUCCCGAUGAACAGCUCGACGCGACGCUGCAUGCCAGCAAUGAGGAGCGACCCGGCACCAUUUUGCACAAGGGUCAUGAGUUCGUGCACAUUACGUAUCAUACGCCGUCGUUCUGUGACGUAUGCGCCAAGCCGCUGUGGUCCAUGUUCAAGCCGCCGGCGGCCUACGAAUGCAAGAGAUGCCGCAAUAAGAUACACAAGGAGCACGUGGAUAAACAUGAUCCGCUGGCGCCGUGCAAGCUGCAUCAUGAUCCGCGCAGCGCACGCGACAUGCUGCUGCUGGCCAAUACGCCCGAGGAGCAAUCGCUGUGGGUGGCGCGCCUCUUGAAGCGUAUCCAAAAGAGUGGAUACAAGGCGAACUCAUCCAACAACAACAGCACCGAUGGCAGCAAGAUAUCGCCCAGCCAAUCGACACGCUCCGCCUACAAGCCGUACGCGGCGAAUGUGCAGCGCUCCGCCACGCUGCCGGCCAACUCUUCGUUGAAACAAUGAAGAGGUACGCUGAACGAGAGCGAGAGCGUGAGCGAGACAGAUGCAUAUACGAUACUAUGCACACACGCGCACACACACACACACACACACACACACACACACACACACACAGCUAUAUAUAUCUAAUGAAAUGGGAGCAUGUGGAGAGGCAGCUGGAGGAAGGAGCAGCAAUUAAUUGGAUAAUGUAUGUGGCUGGGCUGAAAUGUUGGAAAAGAAAAAAGAGAGAGAAAAAAACAAAGAAAGUUGUCUUCUAACGUUGUAUUUCGACUGCUUUAACAAGAAGAUUGUGUAUCUAAUGUUUAUACUUACCAACUACUUAUAACUAAAAGAUUUACUUAAUUUAACGUUAUUUACAUGCUACUACACACUAUCCUACAUACCAUAUACACACACACAUAUAUAUAUAUAUAUUUUUUGAUUAAUUUACAAACAGCAAGCUCCAUAAAUAUCAUAAUAACUAUCGCAACUCGUUCGAGUCCCGCUUUAAUAAUAUAUUUCAAUCUGUUUUUUUUUUUUUGUUUUUUUGCUAAAAUAUGGCAACGUCAACAUCCUGAAAUCUGAAAUCUGAAACGAUAACUGAGUUCUCUAUUAUAUAAUCCAAUAGGUUCGUAAUCUAGUUGUACUUAUAUAUAUAUAUAUAUACACAUAUAUAAAGCUCACAUCGUGUAUCGUGUAGCUGCCUAUCCAUGUAAAAAAAAAAGAAUAACUAAAACACAGUUAAACAUUUAUAUAUAU